UCUUGUCCUCAACCUCUCCUCUUCUCUCCUCUUUUUGCUCUUAGCUCUUUGACAUUACUGAGGUUUUGAUUUUGACCUCAUCAUUCCAUCUGUUUUACAGUUACAUUUGGCAUUAUGGGAUGCCAGUCAGUGGCAAAACCAAAGGCAAAGCACAGGAAGGGGUUGUGGUCACCAGAUGAAGACCAGAGGCUCAGAAAUUACAUCCUGAAACAUGGCUAUGGUUGCUGGAGCUCGGUUCCCGUCAAUGCAGGUCUGCAAAGGAAUGGUAAGAGCUGCAGAUUAAGGUGGAUCAAUUAUCUGAGGCCAGGAUUAAAGAGAGGCAUGAUCACAGCACAGGAGGAAGAGACAAUUUUGAACCUCCACCACUUGUUAGGCAACAAGUGGUCUCAAAUAGCACAGCAUCUCCCUGGAAGGACCGAUAACGAGAUAAAGAAUCAUUGGCAUUCUUAUCUUAAGAAGAAGACUAACAUCAAAGCUGAUGAAUCUCACCUUCAAAUGCCGAGUAAUCCAGACUGCGUGCGAUCUCUGAACUCUACAGACUUUCCAACUCAUCAAACCCAAAGUUAUGAUACAACAGAACUUACAAAAUGCCCGGCUUCUCAAAUUCCAAAAGUUUCCAACCCUGCAGAAGAGGGUCAAGGCUCAUUGCCAAGGCUUAUUUUUGCAGAGUGGCUUGCUCUGGAUAAUUCUCCUGGAGAAAGUGUCACAAACCAUGCUGAAUCACAAGUUCCAAGAGAUGAUCGUUAUUACCCUUCAAGCUCUCAGGAUUCUUUAGCUUCUUCACUGCCAAAUGAGGGAACUUUUGGUGGCGGCCAUCAAUAUCAGAAUGAUCGAAGUGAAUUUUCAACCAGCGAGAUAUAUAGCUCACAGUUCGAUUUCAAGGAUCAAAUCUCGGGAAACGAGCUCGUGCAGUGUCUUUCUAGGCAUGAUCUUUGUUGCGCCGUCAGCAUUGACAAUGAUAUGUUGUACAAUGAAUAUUUGUUUAAUUACCAGGGGCGCAACUACGAGUGAGAAUAACAUCUGAUUAUACUUCCUAAAUAAAAAAGUGGGAUUUGGGAAACACGCAAAGCCCUUUCCAAGUCAGGCUGUUGACUGGAAGAAGUGAUCAGCUGGGAAAAAAUGAACUACUAUAAUUAGUUGUUAUUCUUCCCUUAUGAUGUUGGCUCCCAGAGAGAUCCUGUUUCUCGUGUCGCAUUCACUUUUGGAUAAAAAACAACUGAUGUGUCUUCAAGUUUGAUGUGAUUAA